AUGGUUUUGUGGAACACUGGGUACAAAACCCCCAAAGUGGCUGUCCUACCCUGUAAAACUGUUUGCUCCCAGGUGGUUCAUGGCCAAGCGGUGAUCAGUGUCUUUAUUUACUGUCUUAGAAUUCUACAUAUUUAUGCAGCUAAAGGUAUGAGGGCGUAUACACUGGCAGCUGCAGAGCGCAUGAAAUUGCUGCGAAGACUUGAUGCCAAGGAACACAGAGGAAAGACUCCCCUGCUGGUGGCCGUCACUGCCAGACAGCCAGCUAUUGUCUAUGAUUUGAUCCAGACAGGAGCAGACGUCAAUGCCGUAGACAACAAAGGGCAGUCAGCUUUACAUCUUGCUGCAACCUAUGGGUAUGCCCAAGUUCUUCAGGUUAUACUGUCACUAGGUUUCCCUCUUGAUUUAGAAAUUAAGGAUUUUGAAGGACAUACCCCACUCCACUGUGCUGUCCUGGCUCACAAUGCCCUGCUCCGCGAGCAGGGUUGCCAGACGUUGACAGAGGAGCAGCAGAAAGAUCUUCAGCACCAGAGUGAAGAGCUGGAGUCCUGUAUCCACCUCCUGGUGCAGACAGGCGCCUCCAUCUACAGCCGGGAUGUGAAAAGCAACAAGACGGUUAUUCAUUAUACAGUCCAGGAUGGGAACAUCUCCCUGCUCAGAUACUUCUUGGAGCUGAAUGCUUUCAAGUCCAAGGACUUUGUCAACAACAAGGCACAUGGCAACACAGCUUUGCAUAUGGCAGCUGCAUUGCCUCGUGACAAGAACCAGAAAGAAAUCGUCCAGUUGCUCCUCGACCACGGAGCAGACCCAAGCAUCCGAAACUUAGACAACGAUCAGCCAAUCCACAUGGCUCCUUCCGGAAAGGCUGGGGAUCAGGUUAGGCAUUUGCUGAAGAAAGGGAAAGUUGCGUCUGCAUUCCUUUCCUGUCGCCAAAAUGCCAGAUCCUAG